UCUUCCUUUGGUACAUGGUUGGUGGCUGGAUAUAUGUACCGUUGCGAUGUUUGGGAAGUCAAUUUCUGAUAGGGUAGAAUUCUUCUCAAAAUUCCCUUUAUUAAGUUCUUCAAUGCAUUGGACGACAGGAAUCAUAUACAUGUUUCAAAUACGCAUUUCUACGAGCCUUCUUCAAAGGGUUUUGCAUAAAGAAGUUCAAUACUUAUUUCAGGAUUUAGCAGAUCCAAUCUCCAAGAUUUUACAUGUAGUUAUCGAUGAUGUGCAAGUGCAAGCUAGGCAAUUUCUGUUCUCUAUUGCCGUUAAUGGCAUUUUGAUAGUAUUUUUAAUAUAUUUACCAGUUGUACUAGCCAUGCAAUUAACACCAACUAUCUUCCCUCUGCAUAUUUCUGCAUCUGACCCAUUCACCGAGAUUCCUGUAGUCAUGCUUGUGCUCCAGUUAUGCUUACCUUACACAAUUGAACUGAGGGAAACAGUUGCAGCUCUUCUCCAUCAAUGGGUUACUUCAGUUUGCUGUGUUCUUGGCUUAAGUCGUUUCUUGUGUUCCAGACCUGAGGACAUUGGUAGGAAGGAGAAUGUGGAAGUGGAAAGGCAGCAGGACAGACAGCAUGAUGGACUCAUUGCUGCUCAAGAUCCAAACAAAAAUAUUUUUACCUCACAGAAUUUUGAGGGUACCAAGAAACUAUGCAAGCGAUGAGAUUGAUGAUGGGCAUGCUUUUGAAUUUCGUGUUGUGGUGUUGGUUGUUCUGGCGUGGAUAACGUUGCUUCUCCUCAGUACAUCUUUGAUAAUCGUAUGCCUACCACUAGGACGUGUAUUGUUCAGUUCCAUUUCUAAUCUUCCAAUAACUCAUGGCGUCAAGCGCAACGAUCUCUAUGCCUUCUUUAUUGGAAAUUUUUCCAUCUGGACUUCUUUCACUGGAGCAAGAUACUUCAUCAGGCACUUUAAAGCAGGGAAAGCACAUUUGCGGUUCAGCGGUAUCUGCAAGUUGUUAUGCAUUAUCGUUGAGAGUUCUGUUCUAUUAUCACUUUGGAUCAUUGUUAUUCCAGUGUUAAUCGGGCUUCUAUUUGAGCUUUCUGUUAUGGUGCCAAUUCGAGCAUUGGUGGUUGAAGCCCCGGUUUUACUCUUGUGUCAGGACUGGGUUGUGGGAUUCCUCUUCUUUAAGCUGUGGAGGACACUGGUUUUACUGAACCAUAGGAUUGUUCUGAUGGAUGAAAUUUGGCGGGUUUAAGUUUGAGAGGGUGAGAGAGAAUGAUUUCUUGAAGCUUCCAAGGCGUUGGAUGCUGCAGGAAAUAUUGAAUUCAAUCGUUAUGAAUCUGUUAAUGUCUCUCUGCCUUCUCUACUUUUUGACAAGAUGGAUAGUUCCCUUGCUUUGGUUUAUGCUAACAGUAAAUUCAACUGUUUAUCGAUUUACUUGGGUAGCCUGUGUGACCAUAAUUGUACUGUUUUCAUGUGCCAAAAGAUUUCUUGUUUGGAUCACCAACCUUCACGAUUCAAUCCGAGAUGACCGUUAUUCUGGUUUGGAGCUGCAAAAUUUUGGUGAAGCCACAAUGGAGUGCGGAAAUGAGAUUGAUAAGUUGAUGAUAUGGCUAUCAGAGUCUCAAGGAUCUAAUGUGCCGGAUACGCUUACAUUUAAUGUCAUCCAGGAAGAAUUGUAAAAAUCAAAGGUGAGCUGUUUAGCUGUUUUGUUCUUUUGUCAAUUGCCUACCACUGUGAAAUAAGCUCCACAGUGUUGCUUGUAAAUAUUCAGAAGAGUUUCAGACUAGUUUUAGUUCUCAUUUUGAAGUCUUGCUUAAAACA